AGUGGCUCAGCAUGAUUAUAAAUGAGAAUAAUACCGAGGUACUUCUAGAGUCUGGAGUGCAGGUACAUCAUCCUAUUAAAGAUCUGGACAGCUUUCUAUCGGCGAUCGUCAUAGGCUGCGCAUCUAUGUAACAAUACCUACAACCGUUAAUCGGCGAUUCUAUAAGUUGCAUUUGAUUUCUACAGCACAAAGGACUAUCAUCAUUGGACACCUCAACGAAACACCUACCUACCAAACGACGAAAGAAGUAGAAUAGCGAAAAUGACGGUCAACAUUAGCUCGUCAAAUGAAUGGCAACGCAUCCUGGGGUCUUCGACCAUAGUGGUCACUGACUUCUACGCCGACUGGUGCGGCCCCUGCAAGAUGAUCGCGCCGACGUUCGAUUCCCUCUCGACCAAGUACUCGAAGCCCGGCCGGAUCACCUUCUGCAAGGUCAACGUCGACAACCAGCAGCCCAUCGCCCAGGCCCACGGCGUGCGCGCCAUGCCCACCUUCCUCGUCUUCAAGAACGGCGCCGUCAUCGAUACCAUCCAGGGCGCGAACCCGCCCGCUUUGACCGCCGCUGUCGAGAAGGCGGUUAAGCUCGCUGGUAACACUGCGGCGGGCGCAUCGUUCAAGACCCCCGGACGGACGUUGGGAGGCCCGGCGGCGUCAUCGGGGACACCGGGAAGACGCAGUGGCGGCCAGACUCUCGGAGGCAGGCCGUGGAAGUUCAGCCCGUUUCAUAUCUUCAACGCCAUCUUGACGUUCUUCGGCUUGUACUUUGCUUCAUUAUUCUCGUUCGAUCCCUACAAAGCAGCCGAAUCGUCCUCGUUCAACGUCCACAGGCCGCGAGACCCGUCGGCGCCGAUACAACUUAAGGGCCAGAAAGUCGGCGGACAAGGCGGGGCGGCGAGGCCUGGGGGGGUUAAGACGCUGGCAGAUCUUAGUAGGUAGAUUUGGGUAGUGAUGGAGCAAGAUUGCAGGGUUUCAUAUGAUAUCGGAAAUGCCUACUAGGAAUCAAGAGCUUUGUGGGUGUGAAUUGUAGGUGCCUACCUAGAGCAUGCACGAUAGUGGCAUUACUACAUGCAUGAUUCUUGUUAGUAGGAUACAUGCAGAUUAAGUAGGUACAUGGACUUCCUACUACUAGGUAGCCUCUAGGUAGGUACCUACAGGCUACAUGUAUCAAGAGGGGAGUGCAUUAGCUAAAUGUGUUCGCCAUGGAUGAUGGAGUUAGGUAACCUAAAUCAAUUACAAUAGCUGUCAUUUUAGUGGACGAAGCUCUCUAGGGUGCAUCGAUUAGCGUGUGAAAACAUGCGCUAAAACGUCUGAUCUUUACUGGGUACGCAAAAAAAGUUCAACGGCCUCA